AUGGAAGAAUUGAAUAUUGAUUUUAAUUUACUCAAGAAAAGGGCUACUGCUUUGCAUAAGGCAUAUCCUACAUUCGAUGAUAAUCCAAAUUCUCUUUUAUUCGUGAUAGGUUCCUCUAAUGCGGAAAAUCCAUAUCAAAAAACUACAAUUCUACAUGAUUGGAUUAUUGGGUAUGAAUUUCCUGCUACUUUAAUUGCUUUUGUUCCGAAUAAAAUUGUUAUUAUCACCUCGGCAGCUAAAGCCAAACAUUUGAAUAAAGCAGUAACUGUUUUUAAAGAAGAUACAUCAUCUAAUAUUGCACUUGAAAUUUGGCAAAGAAAUAAUAAAGAACCUGAACAUAAUAAAACGCUAUUUAAAAAUGUUAUUCAUUUGUUAAAAAGUGCAGGUGAUAAAAUUGGUAUACCUCAGAAGGAUUCAUUUCAAGGUAAGUUUAUGAAUGAGUGGAAUCCAUUAUGGGAAGAUGCAGUUAAAACUAAUGAUUUCAAGAUCGUCGAUAUAUCUUUAGGAUUGUCUCGUAUUUGGGAGGUGAAAGAUGAAGCAGAACAAGCUUUGAUUGCUGUGGCUUCAAAGGGGUCAGAUAAAUUCAUUACUUUAAUGUCUGAUGAAAUGGUUAGAGCAGUAGAUGAAGAAUUAAAAAUUACAAAUUCUAAAUUGUCUGAUAAAGUUGAAGCAAAAAUUGAUGAUCUUAAAUUUUUGAAAAAAAUUAGUUCUGAUUUGUCUAGCCUAUGUCCUCCAGGUCAUAAAUUUAAUAUUGAUUUAAUUGAUUGGAGUUAUUCCCCCAUUUUACAAUCUGGUAAGAAGUUCGAUUUAAGAGUAUCAGCACGUUCAAAUGAUGAUCAAUUGUACGGAACUGGUUGUAUAUUAGCCUCAUGUGGUAUACGUUACAAUAAUUAUUGUUCCAAUGUAACUAGAACUUUCUUAAUAGAUCCAUCAGAAGAAGUUGUCAGGAAUUAUGAUUUCAUGUUAGAGUUACAAAAAGAGAUUUUACAAAAUCAUUUGAAAGUAGGGAAAUCUCCCAAAGAAGCUUAUGAAUCUGUGGUUGAGUAUAUUCAGAAGAAUAGAUCGGACUUAGCAUCUCACUUUACUAAAAAUAUUGGUUUCUUGAUUGGUUUAGAAUUCAGAGAUUCUAAUUUUGUUUUAAAUAGUAAAAAUGACUAUAGAAAGAUUCAACCGGGUGAUUGCUUCAAUAUUUCUUUCGGUUUCAAUAACUUGGUUGAUUCAAAGACUAAUGAUACAUAUGCUCUUCAAUUGGCUGAUACAGUUCAAUUGCCUUUAAGCGAGUCUGAAGAACCAAAGAUUUUAACUACCUGUACUAAGGCAAGAAGUCAAAUUUCUUUUUAUUUUAAUAACGAAGAAGAGGAGGAGAAAGUGACUCAAAAGAAGCCGGUCAUUCCUGCCACUAAUAGUCAGUUAAAUUCAAAAAUUUUAAGAACCAAGCUACGUGGUGAAAGUCGUGGUGAAAACGAAGAUGCUCAGAAAGAGCAAAUUCGUAAAGAAAAUCAAAGGAAAUUGCAUGAAAAAUUACAGAAAGACGGUUUGUUGAGAUUUAGUACUGCAGAUGCUGCUGGUAAUGGUGAUGAGCAACGUCAAUAUUUCAAGAAGUAUGAAUCAUAUGUCCGUGAGUCACAAAUUCCAAAUAAUGUCCGCGAUUUAAGAAUUCAUGUCGAUUGGAAAUCUCAAACUAUCAUUAUACCUAUAUAUGGUAGACCUGUUCCGUUCCAUAUCAAUUCAUAUAAAAAUGGAUCAAAGAAUGAAGAAGGUGAAUAUACAUACUUACGUCUAAAUUUCCAUACACCUGGUGCUGCUGGGGGUAUAUCAAAAAAAGUUGUCGAGUUGCCAUAUGAUGAUGCGCCAGAAAAUCAAUUUUUACGUUCUAUAACUCUAAGAUCUAAGGCUGGUGAUCGUAUGAGUGAGGUUUUCAAACAAAUCGUAGAUUUGAAGAAGGAGUCUACUAGAAGAGAACAAGAACGUAAAGUCCUAGCAGAUGUUGUUCAACAAGAUAGAUUAAUUGAAAACCGUACUGGUAGAACAAAGAGAUUAGAUCAGAUUUUUGUUAGACCAAGUCCCGACUCUAAGCGUGUUCCUUCAACUGUAUUUAUACAUGAAAAUGGUAUUAGAUAUCAAUCACCAUUAAGAACUGAUAGUAGAAUUGAUAUUCUAUUUUCCAAUAUUAAAAAUCUUAUUUUUCAAUCAUGUAAAGGUGAAUUAAUUGUUGUUAUUCAUAUCCAUUUGAAAAAUCCAAUAUUAAUGGGUAAAAAGAAGAUUCAAGAUGUUCAAUUUUAUCGCGAAGCUUCCGAUAUGGCUGUUGAUGAAACUGGUACAGGUAGACGUGGGCAGGCUAAAUUUAGAAGAUACGGUGAUGAAGAUGAAUUAGAACAAGAACAAGAAGAAAGAAGAAAGCGUGCAGCAUUAGAUAAAGAAUUUAAAUAUUUUGCGGAUGCUAUUGCAGAAGCCUCUAAAGGUUUAGUCACAGUUGAAAGCACAUUCAGAGAUUUGGGUUUUCAAGGUGUUCCAAACAGAUCUGCAGUCUUUUGUAUGCCCACGACCGAUUGUUUGGUUCAAUUAAUCGAACCACCUUUCUUGGUAGUUAAUUUGGAAGAAAUUGAAAUUUGUAUUUUGGAAAGAGUUCAAUUUGGUUUGAAGAAUUUUGAUGUUGUGUUUGUGUAUAAAGAUUUUAAUAAACCAGUCACACAUAUCAAUACGGUUCCUAUUGAAUCAUUAGAUUUCUUAAAGCAAUGGUUAACUGAUAUGGAUAUUCCUUACACUGUUUCUACUAUCAAUUUGAAUUGGACAACUAUUAUGAAAUCAUUAACUGAGGAUCCUCAUCAAUUCUUCUUAGAUGGUGGUUGGAGUUUUUUGGCCACUGGUUCUGAUGAUGAAGGUUCUGAUGAAAGUGAAGAAGAAGUGAGUGAAUAUGAAGCAUCUGAUGAUGAUCCUAGUGAUGAAGAAAGUUCCAUGUCUGAAGAUGAUUAUUCAGAUGAAGAUAUGAGUGAUGAUGGCAGUGAAGAUUUUAGUGGGGAGGAAAGUGAAGAAGAAGGUGAAGAUUGGGAUGAAUUGGAAAAAAAAGCAGCCAAAGCCGAUAGAGUAAGUCAUUUUAAGGAUUGA